CAGUUGGGCCCCGGCGCGGCGAGCGGAGGGGCGGCGGGGCUUUGAUCAAGUUGGUGGGCGCUCCUCCAGAAGGCAAUGGACCAUGCCAGAGCAGCAAUCUCUAACUUGUUUGGUGGCGAGCCAAUGUCCUACACGCGCUUCAGCAUUGCCCGGCAGACGGAUGGAGACAACAGCCAUGUGGAGAUGAAGCUGUCUGCUGAUGAUGAGGAAGGAGGAGAAAUUGGGAGACCAGAGCACUUGCAUGCCAGCAUGCCUCCUCCACGGAGGAGUGGCAAGAACCUCUGCUUCCUAGUCAUCGCAGCUGUCCUCCUCCUUUUGAUUGGGUUUCUGAUUGGCUACUUGAGUUACCGUGGACGAAUGCAGAAGGCUAGCAGGUGUCUGGAUGGAAGUGGCAAGUGUGAGAUGACUCCUACCGCAUCUUACUUAGCGGAUGAUGAUGAAACUGAGGAAGAAGAGGUUCCUGGACCACCUGUCUUCUACUGGCCUAAGCUCAGAGACCUGUUGUCAGAUAAGCUGUCAGCCAGACAUCUUGAGGAUAGGUUGAGGCAAAGAGCAAAUAAGUACUCUUUUGAAGCUGGCCAGAGUGAAGAUGAGAGCAUUGCCAGCUACAUUCAUGAGCAGUUCACCAGCUUCCUCUUGGAUGAAGUGUGGAAUGAUGAGCACUACAUUAAGCUGCAGGUUAAAGGCAGUAGCAACAACAAAGUGUCUAUUCUGGAAGGUGGUAAAGAAGAGGAACUGGAGAGUCCCGAUGCAUAUGUGGCAUACAGCAAGAGUGGCUCAGUUGUUGGCAAACCAGUCUAUGUGAACUAUGGACUUAAAGCUGAUUUUCAGAAGAUACAGAAGCUGGGUGUUUCACUGAAUGAAACUAUAAUCAUCUUCAGAGCUGGAAAAAUAACCCUUGCUGAGAAGGUUGCAAAUGCCAAAGAGGCAGGAGCGGUUGGUGCCCUGAUGUACCUGGACCCCUACGAUUACAGGAAUACAGAUGCGCUUGUCCCCUUUGGACAUGCCCACCUUGGAACUGGAGACCCUUUCACCCCAGGCUUCCCUUCUUUCAACCACACCCAGUUCCCACCAGUGGAAUCGUCUGGACUACCUCGCAUUGCUGUUCAGACUAUCUCUAGCCAAGCAGUAGGCAAGCUGUUCAGCAAAAUGGAUAGAGAAGAAUGCCUUCAGGAGUGGAAAGGUGGAGUCAUGGGAUGUAAGGUGACACUGAGCAGCACGAGCAACAUGACAGUGAAACUGAGCGUGAACAACGUUAUGGUAGACAGGAGGAUUCUGAACAUCUUUGGUGCUAUCAAGGGGUUUGAAGAACCAGAUCGGUAUGUUGUGAUCGGAGCCCAGAGAGACUCCUGGGGCCCAGGAGUGGCCAAGGCUGGCGUUGGAACUGCCAUGUUGUUGGAACUUGCCCGUGUGAUCUCAGACAUAGUGAAAAAUGAUGGCUACAAACCAAGGCGCAGUAUCAUCUUCGCUAGCUGGAGUGCAGGAGAGUACGGAGCUGUGGGUGCUACUGAAUGGCUGGAGGGGUACUCUGCCACACUGCAUGCCAAAGCCUUCACUUACAUUAACUUGGAUGCUGCAGUCCUAGGCUUCAACGACAUGAAGAUUUCUGCUAGCCCAUUGCUCUACACGCUGCUGGAGAGAACUAUGAAGGGGGUGAAGGACCCAACAAGGGAUUCGGGAAGCCUGUAUGACAGAGUUGGCUCUGACUGGGUAAAAACAGUUGUUCCCCUUGGUCUGGAUAACGCAGCGUUCCCUUUCCUGGCCUACUCGGGGAUCCCGGUGGUUUCCUUUGGUUUCUGCAAUAAGGAUAUGGAAUAUCCCUUCUUGGACACUACUCAGGACACUGUGGAGAACCUGAAGAUGACUGACAAGUUGUAUGCUCUUAUGCGUGCUGCUGCAGAAGUUGCUGGACAAAUAGCUCUCAGGCUGACCCAUGAUCAUGAGCUCUUCCUGGACUUUGAGAGAUACGGUGAAGAACUGCUAGCGUUCCAGGAGAAGAUCUUGCCCUACGAUCGGGAUGUGAGGGCACUGGGGCUGACCUUGAACUGGCUGUUUUUUGCCCGUGGUGACUUCCAGCGAGCUACAGAUGCACUGAGAAGAGACAUCGCGAACAGUGACAGGGAAAACAAGAUAGUCCGCAGAGCCCUGAAUGACAGGAUCAUGAAGGUGGAGUAUGACUUCCUUUCCCCCUACCUCUCACCAAAAGAUGCUCCCUUUCGCCACAUCUUCUUCGGCAAAGGCUCCCACACCCUGCAGAGUUUGCUGGAGAACCUGCAGCUGCUGAGAACCAGCAAGGACAGCGUGGAUGUGAACAUGCUGAAAGAGCAGCUGGCCCUGGCGACCUGGACCAUUAAAGGGGCUGCCAAUGCCUUAGGGGGUGAUAUCUGGGAUACAGACAACGAAUUCUAGACACGGCAAACACCUGUUUAAGGUACAGGAUUAGGGAAACCCACUCCCUAACAUGGCAUUAUUUUUCUGUAGAUUUUUCUGGCAACAAAUCUUUUUUGACCAAAGUUGAGCAUAAAAUUUUGAAUCUCACCUUGACAAAUUCACAGGAGGCAAUUUUAAAGCAGGUACUAAGAUUACAAUGAAAUCUCCUCUGACCACAGUCCAAACAGGUCACGUACAGCUGCUUGUGGGGCUUGCUCUCCAGCGUACUUGAGAACUAACAGCUCAGGUGACUCCUGAACCGGUACCUUGAGUGGGGAGGUACCUCAUCUAUUUAGGGUUUUAAUUGUUGGCCCCCUAAACCUAGUGACAAAGUAGGGAAUGGAUUCCUCUAAUGCUUGUAAUGAGGAUCCCUUCUCUGGCAGGGAGCUGCAGAGACCAACCUGUAGUUCAAAAAUAAAACAACAUAGUAAUAGCCCGCAAGUGCUGGAUUAUCGGCAAGCUCUGAAGUGCCCGGCCUGCCUUACUCAACAGCAGGGUCCCAAUGACGUCUUGGAGGCUUGCUUCUGCUGAGGCAGGUCUCGAUACCCAGGGAAAAUGACCCAAAGACUAUCUAAUGCCCCUUUUAUAUCCUUAGCUGGCACCUCAGCGAGUCCUGCAGCAUUGAGAAAUGGCUCUAGACUGGCACUUCAGACCUUGCUGCUCUGGGGCCUUUUGUGAAAUCAAGUCUCUUGCUGGCCAAACCCUGUUUGAUGCCAUUUUGCAGGAUGGCUCUUGUUUGGCAUUGAGAUAUUUAUUUGUUUAUUUAUUUAUCAGUGACAGCGUUCACUAUAAAUGGUGUGUUUUUUUUAUAGAAGAUAAUUAUCGGAAGCAGUGCCUUCCAUAAUUAUGACAGUUAUACUGUCGUUUUUGAAUAAAGCAGCAUCUGCUAUUACAAUCAAACAUGAUACUGGAACUUUGCAUUUAAAAUAACCUAAACAGGCCCCUCGAAAAAAAGUUUUUGAAAACUAGCAGUUAAGCUUUCUGUGGCAAAAACACCCCUCUGGAAGAAACUUGAAGGUGUAAACCUGGUAGCAAGUCUCCCGGUUGCACUCCAAAAUGAUCCCUGAAAUGCUGAAAACCUGGGUGGGAAAUGCUAGAAAUUUGGCUUCCCUUCUGGGCUUUGGAAUCCCUCUUUUCUGGACACUGUGUGCUUGCGUGGGGAGCACAGCUUCCUUCCUGGCCCUGGCCCUAGCUCCACCUGCGGCAACACACACAAACUUCUUGUACCUCAGAUGAGGCAUUGGCCCAAUUUUUAAAUGGCAGCUUCCUGCAAACUUCCAGUACCUUAUGUAUCAUGAAACCUAACUGACAUUAUCGGGGGCAGUGUCUUCCAUAAUGUGUAAAGAACAAGGUAGUUUUUGCCUACCACAGUGUUAUAUCGGAGGCAGUGACCUCCAUAUGUUGCACUAUGGGUGUACGUAAUUAUCGGGGACAGUGUUUCCCAUAAUUGUUCUAUGCUUAUCAUGCAAUGUCAUCUGCGAAGCUUGAUGGUUAGUAUCUAACAUGGAUCAAUUUCCUGCAGUCCUAUUUUUUCACUCUCCUGUGGUGAUGCAGAUACAAACUUCGGUCUGUUAAUGUACUUCCCUAGACUCUACCGUAGGCUGAACUGUUUCAAAUAGCUGUGCUGUCUUGAAGUGGCUUCCUGCCUCCAGUCACUGGACUGGUGCUUGAAUGUUUAGUGGAAACUAGGCUAGUUAGACUGUGUGCUCUGUGAUUUAGUAAACUUCCUUCAAAUCAGUUACAAAGACUUGGAGAAUUAAAGGUGAAUGUAGGCCUUGGGGCUGACUACUGUCUGGAGGGCUCUGGUCACCGCUCUAGAUGGGUGUGCAUACUGCUUAGAGGCUGGCCUGCUUUGGAACUGGGGUGAUGCUGGUGUGUGUGCGCUUGGGAAGCUGCUUGCUCCCCAGGUCUCACUGGAAACUCCAGUCUUGCCUCCUGCGUGUUGUAUGGAGGCGGGGGGGGGGG